UGCCUCUCUCCAGGUUUCCUAGAGUUUCCUUGCAGCAUGGCCCCCAAACGCCAGUCUUCGCUCCCGCCUCAAAUGAAGAAACCGAGACAGCCCCCUGCCCCCAAGCCAGGGCAGACGUCAACAUCCCAGCACUUGCAUAGAGGAGAAAAAGAACAGCAAGAAGCAAUUGAACAUAUUGAUGAAGUACAAAAUGAAAUAGACAGACUUAAUGAACAAGCCAGUGAGGAGAUUUUGAAAGUAGAACAGAAAUAUAACAAACUCCGCCAACCAUUUUUUCAGAAGAGGUCGGAAUUGAUCGCCAAAAUCCCCAAUUUUUGGGUAACAACAUUUGUCAACCAUCCACAAGUGUCUGCACUGCUUGGGGAGGAGGAUGAAGAGGCGCUGCAUUAUUUGACAAGAGUUGAAGUGACAGAAUUUGAAGAUAUUAAAUCAGGUUACAGAAUAGAUUUUUAUUUUGAUGAAAACCCUUACUUCGAAAAUAAAGUUCUCUCCAAAGAAUUUCAUCUGAAUGAGAGUGGUGAUCCAUCUUCAAAGUCCACUGAAAUCAAAUGGAAAUCUGGAAAGGAUUUGACGAAACGUUCAAGUCAAACACAGAAUAAAGCCAGCAGGAAGAGACAGCAUGAGGAACCAGAGAGCUUCUUCACCUGGUUUACUGACCAUUCUGAUGCAGGUGCAGAUGAGUUAGGAGAAGUCAUCAAAGAUGAUAUUUGGCCAAAUCCAUUACAGUACUACUUGGUUCCCGAUAUGGAUGACGAAGAAGGGGAAGGAGAAGAGGAUGAUGAUGAUGAUGAAGAAGAAGAAGGAUUGGAAGAUAUUGAUGAAGAAGGAGAUGAGGAUGAAGGUGAAGAAGAUGAAGAUGAUGAUGAGGGGGAGGAAGGAGAGGAGGAUGAAGGGGAAGAUGACUAAUGGAACACUGAUGGAUUCCAACCUUCCUUUUUUAAUUUUCUUCAGUCCCUGGGAGCAAGUUGCCGUCUUUUUUUUCCUUUUUCUUUUUCUUUUCUCCUCUUGUGCUCAUUCGCUCUGUUUUUUGAAGUCUCCUUUUUCUCUCCCUUUAUACCAUGGUUCUCAGCUUAUUUUGGGGGGAAAUACCUUGAGCAGAAUACAGUGGGAAAAGAAUCUCUACCCCUUUUUGUUCCAAAUUCAUUUUUGUCCCUUCCUGUCUCAACAAAAACAAAAACUUUAUGGAAUCAACACCACCGUGCUCUGUGGGAAAAAAGAAAAACCUUCUGCUCCCUUAGCUCUGCUGGAAGCUGGAGGGUGCUAGGCCCCUGUGUAGUAGUGCAUAGAAUUCUAGCUUUUUUCCUCCUUUCUCUGUAUAUUGGGCUCAGAGAUUACACUGUGUCUCUAUGUGAAUAUGGACAGUUAGCAUUUACCAACA